CGAGAAUAGGUUUAGCGAGGGUUUAAGGCGGCCACUCUUCGUCACUUUGCCUCCUUCACAAAUCACAAAUCCUCAAAUGUUGUGAGAUUCUUUCAUCGCCACUCCUAGAUUCACCCCUUCGCAUCCAUCUUUCCAAACAACCAGAGACUUCUUUCAGAUCAUUAGUUCGAUCUAUCUCUCUGCAAAUUGUAUCAACCGUGUACAUAGUUAGAAACCCAUUAAUUUUUCUGCAAAUAAAUCACUCCACUCUAGCAUGUGGAGAAGCGUAUGUAACCGAGCUUCUGUCAAGAAGCUGAAAUCAUUCGCCGAUAAAUCUAAUUUUAGAGAUACCCACCUAUUCGAAAAACCUAGACAGCUAGAGCUUCACCCUUAUCGAAAUCCUUCGUAUGGAGAACGGGGUUUCCGGCGAAUAAACGUCUUGGGUGAUUCCGGUUUCACAAAUUUAGGGGUUUCUUUCAGUUUAUUACAUCGGUCUUAUAAGGGUUAUGCCAAUUCCGCCGCAGCUGAGGAGAUUGUUUCGACAGAAGAACAAGACAGCGAUGAAAUUCGUGAAAUGGUACACCAUUUGAAUAAAGAAAUCAAAGCGGUGGAAAUGAAAUCUAAUAGCUCCGAUCACAAAAAGCAGCCGAGGUUAGUCAACGGAAUUGGGCAAGGGAAGUACAUUGCACUCAGGAGACGACAGAUAAAGAUAGAGACAGAAGCAUGGGAGAACGCAGCAAAAGAGUAUCAGGAACUUUUAGUCGACAUGUGUGAACAGAAACUCGCUCCCAAUCUGCCUUAUGUGAAAUCCUUGUUUCUUGGUUGGUUUGAGCCAUUGAAGAAGGCCAUUGCUUCAGAACAGGAUUUAUGCAGGGAAGGUAGGAAUCGAGGAGCUUAUGCUCCACAAUUCGACCAGUUACCUGCUGAUAUGAUGACGAUAAUUACAAUGCACAAGUUAAUGGGUCUGUUGAUGACUGGCGGAGGUCAGGGUGGCGCUAGGGUGGUCCAGGCAGCUCUGCAUAUCGGUGAAGCUGUUGAACAUGAGGCGAGAAUACACACUCUUAGGCCUACAUCUGUACAACCUCCUGUUGACCAAUGUGAAGAUUGUCCUCCUGAUAUUAGUCCUGCAUUUGUAGACACUCUUAAAACUGUGGAAACUCCGAGAGGAAGCAGAAGAUAUGGAGUUAUUGAAUGUGAUCCUCUUGUUCGAAAAGGACUUGAGAAAAGUACAACUUUAACUGCUUUAGGGGAAAUGUUUGAAUCUGCAAGAAGUAUUAGGAAUUGGCUUGGUGAUUGUGCAAAGGAUAUAGUAGUGAAAAACAAUCCAGUACAAUGGACAACUUCUCUUGGACUUCCUGUUGUUCAACCAUACCACAAAUUAGGAAGACAUCUUGUGAUGGUGAAAAGACAAAGAACAACCUUUCCUCUUAACUUUGUCCACUCUCUUGAUGGGUCCCACAUGAUGAUGACAACUGUUGCUUGUAAAGAGGCUGGCUUAAGUUUUGCAGCCAUGAAAAACCCUAAUUCUACCCUCCUUAGAAGUAAAUGGAGUCCUAUUCCAAUACCCCAUAGAACUAUCCUUGAACCCAAAGGUCAAGAUCUUGAUUACAUCAACAUAGCUCACAGUCAUCUUCUUCACUCUGAUUGGGCUAAGCUAGAUAAAUUAUUAACCAAAUCUAAUUCAUUACGAGUGAAACACAUUUUGUUAAAGCUUCAAAACGACUACAUUAUUUCCCUAAAAUUCUUCAAAUGGAUUGAGCUUCACAACCCUAGUUUAGUCACCCUUGAAACAAAUUCCAUCAUCCUCCACAUCCUCACCAAGAAUCGUAAAUUUGUGUCAGCUGAAUCCAUUUUGAAGAAGAUCAUUGGUUCUUGUUCUUGUGAUGUAAACCUCCAUUCUAAGCUCUUCGAUGCUAUUCUUCACUCUUAUCAAAUGUGUGAUUCCACUCCUCGUGUUUUCGAUGCCCUUUUCAAAAUGUAUGCACAGAUGAAGCAGUUCAGGAAUGCAACAGAGACAUUUUGUCGUAUGAAGGAAUACGGAUUUCUUCCUACCAUUGAAUCAUGUAACCUGUAUAUGAGUUCACUGCUUAGUUUCAAUCGAGCAGACAUCGCGUUACCAUUUUACAACCAAAUGAGAAGAUCCAAAAUCACAAUCAAUGUGUUCACUCUCAACAUGGUGAUGAAUGCUUAUGUUCAAUUAGGGAAACUAGAGAAUGCAGUCCAAGUGUUCGAUGAAAUGCAAGGUAUGGGAAUGAACCCUUUUGUCUCCUCCUACAAUACAUUGAUCACUGCAUACAUCAACCAAGGCCUUUUAACAACCGCAAUUAAGUUGAAACUUACAAUGGAGAAGAAUGGAAUAAGCCCAAAUGCCAUAACUUACAACACAAUAAUCCAUGGAUUCUGUAAAGAAGGGAAACUACAUGAUGCUUUUAAAGUUUUCCUUGAAAUGAAAAGGGUAAAUGUGGAUCCUAAUACUAUAACUUACAACACAUUAAUCACUGCAUGUUCCCAAUCAGGCAAAAUCGAUAAGGGUAAUCAGAUUUUUGAAGAAAUGAUAAGAACUGGGGUCAAACCUGAUAUUUUGACUUAUAACGCAUUGUUGCUGGGACUUUGUAACGAAGGAAAAACCAAGAAAGCUGCUUAUUUGGUUAAAGAACUUGAUAAAAAGAAAUUAGUACCAAAUUCUUCAACAUUUUCUUCCCUAAUUAAAGCCCAAUGUGCUCGAAAGAACCCAGAUCGUGGUUUUCAACUUUAUAAAAGCAUGGUGAAAAGUAAUUGUCGUCCAAACGAAGAUACUGUUAAGAUGUUGAUUUUAUCAUUCGUACAAACGGAUGAUUAUGAUGGUGCUUUUGGUGUUUUUAAAGAGAUGUUAGAGAGGCCUAUUGGGCCUGAUUUGGUUGUUUUGAGUGGGUUGUGUAAAGGGUUUUCAAAAGCUUGGAAAGAUAGAUUGGUUAUGGAUCUAUUAAGCGAGGUUGAUAAUGUGUGUUUUAGUUAUGAACGAUAUGAGAAAGUUAAAAGCAUUAUUUGUAACUCUAAUAAUGAAGGUAAAGAACUUGAAGAAAAUGUGUAA